UUCGACAAUUAUUUUCGUAAAACCAAUAUUUUUGAAUAAAAUAUCUAAACAAAUCCUAAAGUCACGUUUGAUUCUCUCAAUUAUUUCUUCUUUAACACUCUUUUUAAACAUUAUCGUUAUUUAAAUAAACCCUUAAAACCACAUCACACUCCAAAAAAACCAAACCCACCAUUCAAACAAAACACAAAAACAAAACCAUUUUCCAAAAAAAAACAAAAACAGAGCAUGAAACCAAACCAGAACAGGUUCUUGAGAAUAAUCUCAACACCUCUACGAGCUUUAGGCAAGGCACGUGAUUUCUACGUGAGAAGCAUCACCGGUUGCGCAGCUCGGACUCAAUAUUCCUCCUCCGCCUCCGUCUCCGCUCCUUUUCCUAGAAGCCGGAGCUCCUCCUCCGCCGCCUUCUCCUCCUCUGCUUCAUCCCGGAGAGCCACCGAUUUCGGGAUAGAUGAAGAUUACAGCGAGCUAGUGAGAGCUGCGUCAGUUAGGAGUUUAGGGCACAAGAAUGAGAUAGACAUGUUGUUACAAGAGAAGCUGCAACAACAGAGGCAACAGAAGCAAGGAGGGUUACCUAAGAGCUCGAGUGUUGGGAUGGCGAAGAUAGAGGAAGAGGAAGAAACAGAGGAAGGCUCUGUGAAUCCGAAGAUGAAGAAGACUAAGAAAGUCUCUGAUCUUUUGUAUCCUCGUAGCAAAUCCUACGCUGUUACUGGUAGCCCUAAAUUGUAAUUUUUCUUCUUCUUGAUUUUAGUAUUUGGUGGAUUGAUUAUAAUAUUUUUCUAGCACUAUGAAAUAAUAUUUUUAGCUUGAUUUUUGGAUUGAUUAGAAA